AUGUCUUCGGUGACGAUAUCGUUGUUGUCAGUCGUGAUAGCAUUAGCUUCGUGUGGCAGACUCGAACCUCAAUACUUGCCACCACGGCCAGGAGGUGGUAAUGCUGGUCUAGGUGGUCUUGGUGGAAGUGGUGGUGGCGGCGGCGGUGGUGGUAAUAGCGGCCUCGGAGGUGGCAGCGGAUUUGGAGGUGGCGGCGGUUUUGGAGGCGGAAGCGGAUUUGGAGGUGGCUCAGGGUCCGGAGCUAAUAUCCCAAUCAUCAGCUACACGAAUGAAAACAACGGUGACGGUACUUAUAGGUUCAGUUAUGAGACUGGAAACGGUAUAUCAGCCCAAGAAAGUGGUGCCCCACGCGCCCAGGGUCCAGAAGGACCAGCGGUGACUGCUGAAGGAGCAUUUUCCUAUCGUUCACCCGAUGGCCAACAAAUAUCCCUCACCUACACCGCCGAUGAGAACGGCUUCCAUCCCGUCGGCUCGCAUCUUCCAACCCCACCUCCCAUCCCCGAAGCCAUCCUCCAAUCCAUUGAAUUCAACAGACGCAAUCCAUCUUCUGAAGGAGCAUAUAAUGGUGGAUCUGGAUCCGGUAAUGGUAGAGGAUCUGGUAGUGGCAGCGGAUUCGGCGGAUCUGGAAGUGGCAGCGGAUUUGGAGGAUCUGGAGGUGGUAGUGGCAGCGGAUUUGGCGGAUCUGGAGGUGGAAGUGGAUUCGGAGGAUCCGGUGGUGGAAGUGGUUUCGGUGGACCGGGUUCAGGUGGCGCAGGAGGUGCUGCAGGCUAUCACUAUUAA